AUGCACUUACAACGUAUUGACAGUUUGGAGGCACGACUACGUGAAGAGCAGGAGGAACGUUCCAAAGCCAACUCUGCACUUGCAGCCUACAUGUCUCGUUGCCACAAGUUAGAGAAGAAAAUCCAAGAAGCAAAUAUUCCACUUGAUAAUGCAUCUUUUAAAGCCGGCAGCAAAGAAGAGGUGUUGGCAAUGGUGGGCAAUCUUCGAGACCUACUGCGUCACCUUGGGACGGAGAAUAAGGAGCUACGUAAAGAAUGCCGCAGAUUACUCAAUGGACAUGGCUUGCUGAGUGUUAACUCCACUGAUCGUUCUUUGUCAAAUGAAACACUUGGAGAUGCUUCUACCGAGAAUUGUUUGAAGACAGAUGAUCGCCUUGAUGAGAAGCAGCAAGGUUUACUUCGCGACCUCGAAGCGUUCAUAAGCAACACUGGUGGCAACCAAAGUCUGCUUGAAGCAAUGAAAGAUCUUAAAAAAGAUAUGAUUCAUGUGACGGACGCUGAUUUUGCUUCAUCUACAAGCGAGUGUCCGGACCGUUCGAAUAUAAGAGCUGCUCCUAGGGAUUCCAUUGCUCCUGGCAAUUUAUCAGCGGUAAACGUAUCGCUCAUGGAACUAAUGAAUCUCUCUCUCAACACGUCAAAAGACAUAGCUAACUUUAGGGAACGUCUCGGUUCGUUCCGUGGAAUGAUGGAGAGGAUCUUUGAAACCCUCAGAAAUUCUGGACUGUUGUUGGAAGAAGUCUUAGAGAAGUUUGGCUCCGAAACCGAUGAAGACAAAAUGCUUGUCGAAAAAAUUCGUGGUAUGAAGUUUGCGUGGAACACCUGUUUAAAUCAAACAAAUCAAAUAAUGGAUGCAAUCCAUGAAACGGAGCAGAGUAUGAAUGACGCAGAAAUGAAAUUGAUCGCGCUUGAGAAGUCUAUCAAUGAAGUAUCUUUCUGCAUGGAUUUUUCCGUUGUACAUACGAGCACACGCUGCUUCACACAGUUAGAUGCCCAGGCUCACUACCAAGGCGGAGAUGUUGCACGUUGCGAACAUAAUGAGGAAGAUUUCUUAGCACGUAUUAACUCACAUGAAGAAAAGGUCACUAAUCUGCGUCUCCUGCUCGAAAAGGCUGAGAAUGAUCGCGACUGUGCACUUUCUUCAUUGGAAACUCUCGGCACUAAGAUGAAAGAUGCUGAGGCUAAAAUUGCACAGUUAUCUAAAGAACGAGAGAAGCUCAUUGCUGCUGCCAGAACAGAGAGCUCUGAAAAGGAAAGUUUGCGAGCGUCAUUGAAGGAGCAACAGUUAUUAUCCCAGCAUCUCAAAGAGAGUCAGUCAGAUCUUCACAAGAAUGCUGAAGCUUUGCUACAGGAAGUUGCUGAGAAGAAUGCUGUUCUCAUCGAUAUGGAAAGAAGGCUGGUGGCUUCUAAGAAGUUGCAAGAAAAACUGGAAGCGGUAAUUCGGGAACGUGAAGAAGACAUCAGUAAACUCCAUGAAGCUUCGGAAAAUGAACGUAAAAUGAAAAGUGUGGAGAACAACGAUCUGAAGGCGGAUCUGGCAGCAGAGAAGCAAGUUUCGCAGCUGCUGCGACGUGAUAUCGAGAAAAUUAGCAGUGAAUUAAACAGAAAAGAAUCUACAAUCCGUCAGCUCCGAGAUCAACUCCAAGUGGCUGCUGAAAAUAACGCUCGUAUGGUUGAGGUUCUCUCCGAGUUACAGCAAACUUCAACUGAUAAAGAAAACGAGUCUCGAAAAGACAGUCGGGAUAGUGUUACUGUUGUCGAGGUGCAAGCUCUGCCUUCGGUAAAGGUGAAGACGCGGGAAGCUCAAACCGACUUGACAAGGACUGUAUUAGCUCAGAUGGAACUAGACUCGGUUUCAUAUUCGUCCGAGCUUAAGGCGCUUCGCAACGCAUACGUGGAACUGGCAACAGCUAUCAGUGAACUUGUCGUUAAAGAUAUUGACAGUCUUCCCUGUAUUGGAGACAUUCCGUCAAUAGAAAAAAGCUGCAAAGAAUUAUCCAAGCUCAUUCGGCAUGAAAAAAGACGACGCGAACAACAAGCCACUCAAAUAGCUGAAAUUAAAGAGAAAAUCAGUGAUCCUUCUCGGAAGGGAGUUCUUGGGGCAACUGCUUUGAAAGAUGUUUCACGGGAUGCCAGCAGCGAUCAACCCAAAACUUCGAAAGUUGAGAAAAAAUAUGAAAAUCCCAUGCGUCAGACGUUAUACGUCUUGACGACAAUGGCAAGAGACCUGGUAAUUGAAUUGCGAUAUCUGGCAUCUAACAACGCAUCUGGACAUAAGAUGAACUUCACGAAAGUCAUAGAUGAUGCGAGAAAACUUCGUAAUGAACUCAAUGACCGCCUUAUUAUCGUCCGCUCUGACAAGGAAAACAUGAAUAAUUGCGAUCUGUCGGAGCUCCUCUACAUGCUCGAACUGCGGGACAGAGAUAACCGUACCCUUUUUGAAAGCCUAAAUCGUUGUAAAGCUGAGUAUGAAGCCCUCGAAAAGAAAAAUGCCAACAAUCCAGACCUAGCGAAGAAAAUUGGGGCGCAACUUCGUAACAUCCAUGCUGCUAUGGAUGCGUCGAAUCGUGCAUGUGCGCUCUUGCAGGAGCACUCCAAGAAGACCACUAAUCGUCCCAGACACGAUGGUUCCUCAUAA